AUGGCGAAAGACGACAACAAGAAGAUCGUAGAGGUCGACGGCGUACCGGUGGAGCGUCAAGGCACGCGACCGGAUUUCUCAAUUCCACCAGCUAGGAAACAGCUGCCGAAAGAGCUUCAGGACACGCUCAAUGAUGACGAGAAGAUGUGGGACGUGCUCUACGACGGCGAAGCCGAAGACACAACAGAUACGAACAUCCGAUAUGCCGCGUACGCUUCCCGAAUUCGCACCAUCAUGCUUUCCGCGCACCGCUAUGUAGCCUACACCUCUGACAUUGGCGAGUCCUUCCGCCCCAUCGCACAUCCCUACCUAGUCAAAGGUGCCUAUGGUAUAUCCUGGCUCUACCUCACUGGUGACGUUGCCCACGAAGGCUACAAAGCUUACUGUCGCAACCAACACAUACUCCACCCCGAGAACUACAUCGACGAAGCAGCAGAGAAGAGUCUAGGAGAAGGCAAGGAUAAAGAUCUCGCGGCAACAGGAAAGACUACUAGUACAGGCAUUCUCGACAAGGUGCAAGACCUGGCAAGGAAUGCUACAAGUACAGAAGGUGUCAAGUAUGGUGAAGCCGGGGGCCCAUUGACCGGUGGGCAGGUGGUUGCGGGCAAGAUACCUGCGAUUGAGGAUUACAGGGCUGUGAUGGCGCAGAGAGCCGUGUUCCAGGCUGUUGCUUCUAUGGGUCUACCUGCUUUUACUAUCCACAGUAUCGUCAGGUACUCUGGGCGCGCACUGAAGGAUGCGAAGAACAAGACCUUGAGGACUUGGGGACCCAUCGGGCUUGGUCUUGCAGCAGUCCCGUUCCUCCCCUUUGUCUUCGACGAGCCAGUCGAACACGCUACUGAAUGGAUCUUCUAUAAUGCGUUCAAGACGUUUGGUGGCGAGGAAGCAGUCGCGGGCAGACCGGCGGUUGGCGUGAAAGAGUUGAGGAAAGAGGAGACACAAACGAAUAAGUUGAAGAAGGAGUUGUAG